AUGGAAGAUCCUAUUCAAGGGGAUGACACUGCACUCAAUGGGAUUAGUCUUCACUGCGUUGAGUCCAAAGGCUCCUCAAACUCGUAUCACGACUACGCCUCAGUUCAGUCAGAUGUAGGCAGCUGGGGUCGGUGGACAGAUAUCAAAUGGUGUCCUUCUGGAUUCUUGACCGCUUUUCAGCUGAGAGUUGAAUCUUCUCAAGGAGAUGGUGACGACACGGCCGCAAACAACAUCAUGUUCAAAUGCAGUCGAGGGUCUUUACUGCAGGGUGACGGCACACACUGGGGCGAUUGGGGCGACUGGAGUCAAACAUGUGAAGGAGAAGGGAUUUGUGGUAUCAAGACACAGAUAGAAGAGCCACAAGGACGAGGAGAUGACACCGCUCUCAAUGACGUGCUCAUGUUCUGCUGCAAUUAAGGUGUUCGAGGACUACAACAAGAACAGCAAGAAGAUCAGACGGGAUCAUAAUUGAUCAGCAUACUGUUAUGAGCUCACAUUAACCAUGUCAUACAACAGCUAGUCAAAAAAUAAAGCCUGAGAUGUGAUCAGGACCUCAACACAAA